AGAGUGGCAGCAGCAGUCGCGCCCGCCAGUCCACUGCACUGCCGAUACGACUGCAUAUACACUAUGCAUGGAUACUAUAUAUAGUACUGACUAGUCAAACCACUAUAUCCCAUCAGACGUACAUACACGCAGGGGGGAUGGAUUUAUAGGUUAUGUUUAUACCUGCGCGUCUGCGAGUGAGCGCUGGCGUCCAUUGUACUUUUUUAAAAAACGUUCGGUAAAAACGGCCGUCGGCAUUGUUUACAAAAAUGUACUGAUAUCUGCGGCGCCGUCAUCUUCUUCGUUACGAGAAAAGACUGUAGUGUUUAAUCGGCAUCGAAAGGGAUUACAUGCGGAAAGUUAUAAUGUGACUCGUUUUGAUAUUUUUAUCUGUCGGCGUAGGAUGUGCGUUGGACGUAGGUGCGCUAUGGGAUGACGAUUUGCGUGGGGCGGUUCUGUGUGUAGAUUUUGCUGUUAUAAGAGGAAAAAGAUAUUAAUUUUCAACUUUGAAAUGGCAGAAGGUACAGUCAACAAUCGUAACAAAAGUUUCAAUAAUCGAUCUACUAUACUUGAUCUAACAAGUGUUAUGUCAACUAUGGAAGAAAUUAUGAAAUCAAUCAAUGAGUGCAAUACAAUUCGGUAUGCUUCAUACAGAACUGCAUCUAAAAUGCAAGUUUUUCAUAAAGCUUUAAAUAUGCAUUAUGUGCAAGUUGAAUUAGUUGCAGGAAUUUUUGAAAGGCAUAGAUUGUCAGUUACAGAAAAUUCUGUAAACCUAGAUAUACACGAGAUUGAAGAUGUUCUUUCUGAUAUUUACUUUGCAGCUCAAAAAGAAAAUAAUGUCAAUUUUGAUGUAGAUCAGUCUACAAAGUUAACACUGAAUUAUAUUUUUAAAACAUUCAAUAAGAAAGAAGAUGAUAAUAUUCCAGUAUUGUCAGUUAAAGUAGCUUUAACAUUAAUCAGUUGUGGUCGUUUAGAAGAGAAAUAUGGAUACUUAUUUCAUCAACUAGCUGAUCAUAACGCCUGUUUAUCCAGAGUAGCACUCAACACCCUAUUAACAAAUAUAUGCAAGAUAACAGAAAUGUUAGGUGAAAAUGUUGCAUAUGGAAAUCAUCUUAUACGUACAAGCAUUGAUAACUGUUUCAGUGUGACUCAAGGCUGUCUUGGAGUGUCUGAAGCAGAAUUUGCAGCAUGGCUUAUGCAGGAGCCUCCUUUACUUAUGUGGAUCACAACUCUUAAUCGUAUUAAAUCAGCUGAACAAAUUGUUCAUAAUAGUAAAUGCUCUUCAUGUAAAACAACCCCAAUAAGAGGGCCUAGAUAUUCUUGUUUAAAAUGCACUGGUUACAAUCAGUGUCAAACAUGUUUUCUUUAUGGAAAAAUAUCUGGUAAACAUAAAUUAAAACAUCCUGUUCGUGAAUACUGUAUCAAGACUAGUAGUAAGGAAAUAACAAAACUACUCCUUGAACUGAUUAGAAACAAAUUACGAUUAUGCCCAACAAGAAAUGAAAAUAGUUCUUUAGAAGAUUCCUUAGCAGGAGGCAACCUUGAACAAACCAAGAGUUUUGAUACAAUGUCAGUAAGAAGUACAAUAAAGAGACGAAUACUUAAUGACCCACAAAAAGAAUUACAAAGUAUCAUAAGCCACCUUGAAGAAGAAAACAGACAGUUGCAGUUAGAAUUGAAAGAGGUUACUGGUAGUGGGGUUCACAAGUUACAACAUCACAGAGUUGCAAUAGAAUCACAGCUUGAACGUUUGAAAAUUUUAAAGAAUUAUUUAUUUACUCAAGCAACAAAAGGACUUCGCGAUUUAAAUCUUAUUCAAAGUACACCAAUGGUUCAUCCUGCAAUAUCUAGAAUAUCAGCUUUACCUAUGGCAUUUCAGUUAAGUCCUAUCAUUCACCAGAAUAGUCCAGAUUAUGAAAAUUCAAGUGCUCUAGAUAACAAUGAUACAAUAGCUAAUAGCAAUUCAAGCAAUAAAAUAAGUGGAGAAAUAUUGUUUUCUGGUGAUAGUUUUAAUGCCACUAAUAGUACACAUCUUGAACCAAGUACUUGGAUAGGAGGUCACAGAACAACUUUUACUUCUCAUGAUAGUGGUUUUUCUCAAUGGUUGAAUUCAAGGGAAAGUGCAAGUAAAGCUAGAGGAAAGACAAAUGAAAGUGAAAAUAUAGACGUAGAUAGCUCUACAUACUCAUCAGGCAUUAGCAGAGAUAAUGCACUGCCUUCUCUAAAGCAUACUGAUAAACACUCUGAGCACAGUAGCCUACAAAAUAUUCAAGGUGAUCUCAACGAUAUCUUGGAUAGAUUGCAAAAUAUGGUUGCAAAUGACUGUUUACUUGAAGACACGUUUAGUGCUGAUAAUAAUUGCGAACUGAAACGUGCUGCUACAGAAAUGGAAGAUCUAUUAACUGGUCUAAUUGAAGGUAUGGAAUCUCGCAAAGGUAAACUUACGACGAUCGUAUGAGCAAAUCGAAAUAACUUCAUGAAAUUUUUAUAUUUAGUUGACAAUAAUAAAGUAUUAAGUGCCCAGAAAUAUAUCAAAUUUAUAAGAAAUUGACUAAUGUUGCAAAAACAGAUUAUGAAUAAAAGUAUUAAGUAUAUUAUUAUUAGAUGAAUCUUUAUUUUCAUUAUAAAGAGAAUAUUUUUAAGAUCCUACAUUGUAGAAAUUUGUAUAUAUAUGUACAUAUAUCACUUUAUUAGUUAAAAAUUGUGAUUUCGCAGUUUACAUUUGUGCAAAAGAAAUAAACAUUAUUUUUCUUGUAUAAAGUAGAUAGAUGGUUCACAUUUACAUUGUGCUGAAAUUGCUUUCUUAUUUUUGUAAAUUGUUUUGCAAAAGAUAUUAAAUUAUAUAAAUAGCUUCUUUAAAUAUAUUUACUAUACAUACAAAAAUUGUUCAUCAGCUCCUUUGUACGCAUUAAUAUCAUGUAAUUGCUCAAAUUUUUUUAUGAAAGUAAAGUGUCAGUUAAAUAUGAAACUUUGAGAUUUCUUGCAAAGUGUAUUUUCUCAGAUGGUAAAUUGACUGUCCAAGCAAAAACUCGGAUUCCUCUUUUAUUCCACAAUCGAGUGACCUCACUGAAAUAUAUAAUAUUAUUGUAAGAUAAAGCAUGAUAAAAAUAUUUUAUCACUCUUUGGCUAAUAAAUAAUUUAAUGUGAAAAAUAACUAUUUUUAGCUAUUGGUAAAAUCCACACAAAAGCUACUUAUAAUAAUUAUAUAAUUUAUUGCAUGCAGAAUGAGUUAAAACGAUGAAUAGGUUAGUAGGGUACUUUGCUAAGGAACUAGGCUUAAUUAAUCUUUGUUGAUACAUUUUAUGUGAAAUUUUUAAUUAUAAUAAUAAAAAUGUUAUGCAUAAUA